UUUUGCCCCGAGGGAAACCAAGACAAUCCACUCAUUAUGCACCGGCGUGCGGCUUUGGAGUUAUCCCGCCGUCAUGGUGUUGACUGGACCUGCGCCGCCAGACACAGAGAUGCUGUAUUCUCUCCGAGGCUACCAUACGGUCCCCGGCGGAGCUUCCGUUCGUCCCUCGUAGCCUUAAACGCGUCCGACUCCUCUCCGCCGAAUGUAGGCAGCGAAGAAUUAGAACCCGGCGUUGCGACCAUAAAGCCCAAAUUUGGAGCUCGAUGGGGAACCAAACAAGCACAGAAGCCAGCCGGUCUCAGUCCUGCAGAACAAGCGAUGCGGGACGCCUUACUAGCGAAGAAGGCCGCUGAGGAGCAAGAGAAACGACGAUUGCAGGAAGAAGAACGCCGUGACUCGCAGCGCAAAGCGGCGUCGCGUACGGAUGGGAACAAGCUUCCGUGGCGGAAUAACAGACGACGUCCUUUAGAAGACCAAGAAAGCCGGUCUCUGCAGCCUGAUAGGCGGUUUGAGGUAAACAAUAAGCAAGUACCGAAACAUCUGCGUGGCUUGGAUUGGACCUGCCCGGACUGCCAAUAUUACUGUUUUGGGAGGCAUCAGACUUGCCCGUGCUGCAAAGCUGUACGACCGGAUCUGGCGUGGCCAUCGUGGCCAUCCAAGGACUCGGCACCACGAGCGGAGGUCCCGCGCAAGGCCGAAGCUUCGGGAGAAACACUGAAAAUCCGAAGGCUGGGUCAGUCGGUACUGUCUGAUUGGAAUCGAGAACAAGAUAGCCCUGCAGGGUUAAGUACGCGAGAUAAUGCCCUUAGGACACAUAUGGCAGAAAAGGGACGUUCUGCAGGAGUGCGGCUUGUGUACGACCUUAAAAAUGAAGGAGCAGAAAUGGAAGCCGAGGAAAAACGAAUGGAGCGUCGCCGUCUUCGAGAGUCCAAACCCAAACCGAAGAAAGCAGAUGCUCCAAUAGACCCAUGGUCUUGGGAUCCGUCAGUACUCAAAAUACAUGAUGAAGAGGGGGUGGCUCAGAACGGAAAAGCUUCGAGGCGUCGAGAAAACCGCAGGGAACGGGAGUCUGAAGUUGAUGAAGAUGACGAGGAAGAGAAAGACCGCCGCCGUCGCCGUGAAGAACGGAAGCGGCUAAAGAGGGAAAGGGCACGAGAGAAAGAAAUACAGUCAGCCGCAAUUCCGUUGUAUCUACCGGAAUUUAUCAGUGUCAGCAAUCUUGCCGAUGUUAUCGGUGUGCGGCCUGCGCAGUUUGUGCAACAAAUGGAAGAUAUGGGCUUUGACGGUGUCACCUACAAUCACGUACUUGACUCGGAAACUGCGGGUCUUGUUGCAACCGAAUACAACUUUGAACCCAUUUUCGAAAAUGCGGGAGAGGAUGACUUGGCACCUGCACCUGAGCCUGAAGACAAGUCCAUCCUACCGUCUAGGCCACCGGUGGUGACUAUCAUGGGUCACGUUGAUCAUGGCAAGACCACCAUUCUGGACUGGCUUCGAAACUCGUCGGUUGCUGCGUCAGAGCACGGAGGCAUUACGCAGCAUAUCGGUGCUUUCUCUGUGGCUAUGCCUUCUGGAAAGACCAUCACAUUCUUGGACACUCCUGGUCACGCUGCCUUCCUGGACAUGCGUCGCCGUGGUGCAGAUGUGACAGAUAUUAUCGUCCUUGUAGUAGCAGCAGACGAUAGCGUCAAACCUCAGACGAUUGAAGCGAUCAAGCACGCUACCGAAGCCGGAGUUCCUAUAAUUGUCGCCAUGAGUAAGAUUGACAAGGAAAAUGUCAAUGCUGAGAAAGUCAAACAGGAUCUUUCCGUUCACGGUGUACAUGUUGAAGACUAUGGCGGUGAUGUCCAGGCGAUCGGGGUAAGUGGUAAAACUGGUCAGGGUAUGUUGGAGCUCGAGGAAGCCAUUGUUACUCUGUCGGAAGUUCUCGACCACCGAGCGGACGUCCACGGCAAAGCCGAAGGGUGGGUGAUUGAAGGCACAACCAAAAGCUAUGGCCGUGUGGCGACAGUGCUCAUCAGACGUGGCACGCUACGACCGGGAGAUAUCGUUGUUGCGGGAACAACUUGGGCUCGUGUACGCACUCUAAGGAAUGAGGCAGGCGUCGCAGUCUCCGAAGCUACGCCCGGUAUGCCAAUUGAGAUCGACGGCUGGAGGGAACAACCAUCCGCUGGUGCUGAACUUCUUGAGGCUGCUGACGAGCAACAAGCUAAAGAUGUUGUGGAUUACCGACUGGAGAAGACAGAAACUCAGAAGCUGGGCGAAGAUACUGUAGCGAUUAAUGAGGCUCGACGUGAGCUUGUUGAAAGGCGUCGACAAGAAGAACUUGAGGGUAGUGAGACUUCUAGCGCUGCACAGCAGACAUCUGGUCCUAAGCCAGUACAUUUUGUCAUCAAGGCAGAUGUUGGCGGAUCCGCAGAGGCUGUCUUGAACUCGGUCACUGCAAUUGGCAACAAUGAAGUCUUUGCUAAUGUGCUCCGUUCCGAAGUUGGACCUAUCAGUGAGUUUGAUAUUGAGCAUGCGGCCACAGCCAGCGGUCAUCUCAUCUCGUUCAAUAUGCCCAUCGACCCUGCCAUGUCACGUAUGGCAGAACUCCGGGGCGUGAGAAUUAUGAAUCACAACAUAAUCUACAAACUCAUCGAUGAUGUCAAAGCAAUCUUAAGUGAACAGCUACCUCCGUCAGUGAGUCACCGUGUCACAGGAGAAGCGGAGAUCGGACAGGUUUUCGAGAUCACGGUCAAAGGAAGAGAGAAGACUGCCAUAGCCGGAUGUAAGGUGCGCAAUGGGGUCAUUAACAAAGCCAGGAAAGUGCGAGUAAUUAGAGGCCAGGAAACCAUAUUCGAUGGCUCUAUCAACUCCCUCAAGAACGUCAAGAAGGACGUGACCGAGAUGCGCAAGGAUACGGAGUGUGGUAUCGGCUUCGAAGGCUGGACUGGCUUUGCUGUCGGUGAUCAUGUCCAGUGCUACGAAGAGAUUUACGAGAAGAGAUACCUGUGAUUUUUUGUUCUCCGCUCCAUCUUCCUCAUCCGCACGCUUUUUGUCUCACCAUUCUUAUUAUUUUUCUGGUGAAUAUAUUGCUAUUGGCGUUUUUGGCUGCGGAUCGACUCUUCGCUCUUAUCGAAAGGUAGGACUACCAUGUAUAAUUGCAUCUUGGCCGGUGUGUUAUUUGACCGAUAUGAAUAGUGGCAGCGAAGGCUGCAGAGAUUCGGUUCUCAUGUACAAUAUACGACACUAUUAUCUACAUAGAUUCUAUAGAAAUCAAUAAUAUGUAUACUA